CCUCUAGCACGAACUACUAUCGAAAAAACAUUCGUAUCGUUAACGUAAGCAUUUUGUAUGGAAACUUGAACAGCGCCUCUGGUGUGCGUAAAUGAAACUAAUUUCCAGAGCACGAACACUUAGACGUAAGUUUCGUAUCGUCAUCGUAUCGAAUACGCAACGUAACUUGAGCCGUUUGUAUGAAGAUAGCUAGCACGAAGGCAUAAAAUGACGUAUAGUAUCGUAAUUGUCGAAGGCUGGCUUGCGAGUUUCACGAAUGUUUAUUCACUUAAAAAAUUUCAGUGAGAAAACUUUCGUCAGAGUGAAUUUAGAGAAUAAAAUAGUAAUUUAAGUGAUUUUGUUGAUUUAUUUGGUGAGAAAAUGCUUAGAUUAAGACGGAGCACCCCACGACGUAGUACAUUGUACUAUUAUCUUGCGGCGCGAUUGAUUGUUGAAAGUAGAAAUGUACAAAGAGAAACAAGAGAAAUCUCAAGGAGAGCUCGUCUCAGAAAAAAUAUGGCAAAUGAUAUCCAAAAUCUAAGUGACACGGAAUUUAAAAAUAGAUUUCGUCUCAGUAAGGAAGCAUUUUUUUACUUAUGGCGCGUAUUGAAAGAAGAAGCCAGUCUAAGAUCAAGUAAAAAAAUCAGCCUGGAACAUAAAGUGCUGUGUGCUUUAUCAUUUUAUGCUACAGGCUCUUACCAAAGAAUAGUUGGAAUGGCUAAAUAUUUAGGGCAAACUACUGUGAGCAAAUAUGUGAGGCAAGUUACUGAUGCUCUUGUUACCCCUUCAAUAUUAAAUACUUUUAUAAAAUUUCCAGCAACACGAGAGCUGAGAAAUAUUGUUAAAAAUAAAUUUUAUACAAAGUUUGGCAUCCCUGGAGUAAUAGGGUGCAUUGAUGGGUCUCAUUUUCAUAUAUUCACCCCAAAAAGAGAGAUAGAACAUUUGUUUUACUGCAGGAAGCAUUUCUACUCGCUGAAUGUGCAAAUGAUAUGUGACAGUGAAUGCAGAAUUUUGAAUGUUAAUGCCAAAUAUGGAGGGGCUACCCAUGACGCUUUUAUUUGGGAGAAUAGUCAAGCCAAUAGGUAUAUCCAAGACUUGAACCAAAAUAAUGAACAAGUGUGGUUUUAG